AUGGCGAAGGAGGAGGAGAAGCCCAAGGCGACGCAGGACAAGGGCAAGGGCAAGGCUGAAGAUCCAAAGCAAGCAAAUGGCACAAAUGGCGCCAAGCCAGAUGGAAAGGACAGCAAGAAGGAUGGCGACCUCGAUUUGCCGCCGGAGGAGCUCAACGAGGAGGACCAGAAGCUGAAGGACGAGCUCGAUAUGCUCGUUGAACGCCUAACGGAGUCAGACAAGUCGUUGUACAAGUCAUCACUCGAGCACAUUCAGACCAGCAUCAAGACAGCCACGAGUUCGAUGACGGCAGUACCCAAGCCGCUCAAGUUUCUCCGGCCGCACUAUGAGAAGCUCACAGAGGCAUACGAGAAAUGGCCCCAGGGUCGCGACAAGGACUUGCUGGCUGACACACUCUCCGUGCUGGGAAUGACAUACUCCGAUGACGAAGAUCGACGAGAAACACUCAAGUACCGAUUACUUGCGCCAGGCACAGACAUCGGGUCAUGGGGACACGAGUACAUGCGCCAUCUAGCUCUGGAGAUUGGACAAGAGUUCUCAAAGCGAUUGGACGAUGAGCAGGAUACUGAUGACAUUACGCAGCUCGCCCUCUCCCUUGUACCUUUCUUCCUGUCGCACAACGCAGAGGCCGACGCGGUCGAUGUGCUAUCCGAGCUUGAGAUGAUUGAGCAGAUCAAGGACUACCUCGAUGAGAACACUUACCCCAGAGUCUGCCUAUACAUGGUCUCCAUGGUUCCACUCCUCACAUACCCCGACAACGACCGCUUCCUCCGAACAGCACACGACAUCUACCUCCACUACAAGCAGCUCACGCAGGCCAUCUCCCUGGCUAUCAGACUGAAUGAUAUGGAGCUAAUCAAGUCUGACUUCAACGCGGCGUCUGACAAGGCCGUCAAGCGCCAGCUCGCUCUCAUCCUUGGGCGCCAGAGAAUAUGCUUGGAUCUGGAGGGAGACGACGCUGACGACACUGAGCUACAAGAGUGCUUGAACAACACAAAGCUGCCAGAGUACUUCAAGUCGUUAGCAAAGGAGCUGAAUGUACUCGAGCCCAAGUCUGUGGAGGACAUUUACAAGUCACAUCUCGAAUCGAGCCGGACCGCUGGCUUGACCAAUACCGACUCAGCGCGACACAAUCUGGCAUCUGCCUUCGUCAACGCUUUCGUGAACGCAGGAUACGGCGAUGACAAGAUGAUGCUCGUGGAAGGAGGUGUGAAGCAGAGCUGGAUCUGGAAGGUGAAAGAGGAUGGCAUGGUCUCAACCGCAGCAUCAGCUGGUAUGCUCAUGCUAUGGGACGUUGAGAUGGGUCUUGAUAAGAUUGACGCCUACACAUACGUGCCAGAAGACCAGAUCAAGGCAGGUGCCGCACUUGCGAUGGGUAUCAUGAACUCGGGUGUCAGACUCGAUAGCGACCCAACCAUGGCACUGCUGGGUGACUUCGAGGGCAAGUCGGUGAACGAGAAGAUCGCGCGCAUCAUGGGUCUUGGACUCGCUUACGCUGGCUCUAACAAGGAAGACUUGCUCGACAUUUUGCUUCCCAUCGUGUCCGACUCUGGCUUGGAGAUGCAACUUUCAGCGAUUGCAGCGCUAUCUCUCGGCAUGAUCUUCGUCGGCACCGCUAACUCAGAUGUCAGUGAAGCCAUCAUCCAGACCCUCAUGGACGACGACCGGCAAAAGCAGCUCAAGGACAAGUGGACACGGUUCAUGACUCUGGGUCUUGGUAUGCUGUUCUUUGGUCAGCAAGAGGAGGUCGACGUGGUCCUGGAAACACUCAAGGCUAUCGAUCACCCUAUGUCAAAGCCCGCCUCUGUCCUCGCCGAGAUCUGCGCAUGGGCAGGCACUGGCGCAGUGCUCAAGCUGCAGCAGCUCCUGCACGUUUGCAACGAGCACAUUGAGGAGAAGGAUGACAAGGACGAUGAGGACAAAGAUAAGAAGGAGGACGAGCCUACGAAGGACAUCGCCGGCGAGCAGCUAGUCCAAGCUUAUGCUGUCCUGGGACUGUCGCUCGUAGCAAUGGGUGAGGAUGUUGGGCAAGAGAUGGUGCUCCGGCAGUUCGGCCACUUGAUGCACUAUGGAGAGGCCAACAUUCGCAAGGCAGUACCUCUUGCCAUGGGACUCAUCAGCCCGUCCAACCCACAGAUGAAGAUCUACGACACGUUAUCACGAUACUCCCACGACAAUGACAUUGACGUAGCUGUCAAUGCCAUCUUUGCCAUGGGUAUGGUCGGAGCUGGCACCAACAAUGCACGUAUCGCACAGCUUCUUCGACAGCUUGCAUCCUACUACCACCGCGACCCGAACGCGCUCUUCAUGGUCCGCAUCGCACAAGGUCUGCUGCAUAUGGGCAAGGGUACAAUGUCCAUCAACCCUUUCCAUACAGAUCGAUCUGUGUUGUCGAGAGUCGCUGCCGCUGGUCUCCUGACCGUUGCCACAGCACUGAUCGACGACCCCAAGGCGUUCAUCCUCAAGGACAACCACUAUCUACUCUACUAUCUGGUGACUGCUAUGCAUCCUAGGUUCCUCAUCACGCUUGACGAAGAUCUGAAACCACUGCAAGUCAAUGUCAGGGUUGGUCAAGCUGUGGAUGUUGUUGGCCAGGCAGGUCGACCGAAGACAAUCACAGGUUGGCAAACACAGAAUACACCAGUGUUGCUUGGCCACGGGGAGCGCGCGGAGCUCGAAGAUGAGGAGUGGAUAUCUAUGGCAAACGUCAUGGAAGGCGUGUGCAUAUUGAAGAAGAACCCUGACUGGGAGGCCCCGUAG